GCGUCAAAUUGAGCGCACGAGACAGUCUGCUGGACGGACGGACUUUCUUAAGUGGAUCAAAGAUUACUGUAAAAAGCUCCUGAGUCCUAAACUCAGACACUUCAGCCGUAAAAAAAGAAGAAGAGGGCAGUCCUUACCGGGAGACACGGGGAGACCCCUCCAGCGCUGCGCGAGACUUACAGCAGCACAGUUAAAGGUUAAAGGAGCACUGUAGGGAAAUAUCACUAUGCAAAUGGAUCAGACGUACGGAGAGGUCAAUCAGCUCGGAGGGGUGUUUGUGAACGGCCGGCCUCUUCCUAACGCGAUCCGGAUCCGGAUCGUCGAACUGGCGCAACUCGGAAUCAGGCCUUGCGAUAUAAGCAGACAACUCCGGGUCUCUCAUGGCUGUGUGAGCAAAAUUCUGGCCAGGUACAACGAGACCGGCUCUAUUUUACCCGGUGCUAUCGGUGGGAGUAAACCCCGGGUCACGACGCCAAACGUGGUGAAGAGCAUACGGGAUUAUAAACAGGGCGAUCCUGGAAUAUUCGCUUGGGAAAUACGCGACAGACUGCUGGCCGACGGAGUGUGUGACAAAUAUAACGUCCCCUCUGUGAGCUCCAUCAGUCGCAUUUUGAGAAACAAGAUUGGGAACCUGUCUCAGCCGAGUCAGUACGACAGUAAACCCUCUCCGCCGCAGAUCUCUUAUAAUCCCGUGUAUCCGUAUUCAUACCAGAACGCCAUGUCUCCAAACGGCUCCAAACUCGGCAGUCCUCCGGCUGUGUCUGUCAGCCUGUCCCGGGCCUGGCCCUCCGUUCACACCGUCAGCAACAUAUUAGGAAUACGGGCUUUCAUGGACCCCGCAGCUAUUGCCGGAACAGAGAGUUACCAGCAGAAAAUGGAGGACUGGACGGGCGUUAACAGAUCUUCAUUUCCCUCCGUUCACGGAGUCAACGGGAUCGACAAACCUCCAAUAGAAAGUGACAUUAAGUACACACAGGGUUCAUCAAAUUUAUCGGCGUAUGUUCCUGCGUGCGCAUACUCCGCCACUAAUCAGUACGGCGUUUACGGUGGACACGCCGGUAACUACGGGCACUGGCAGUCUCAGGGCGCGAGCCUCACCCAUCCAAACACCGGGACCAUGAUACAGAGCCCUAUGCACACCGCCAUAUCAUUCAAAAACCCGCCCAGAGAAGCAGAAAGAAAGAGUCCUCUGAGCAAACAGCAGCACGAGGGUCUGAGCGCCGUUCAUGGACUCUCAGAGUCAUAACAACACAAAGACCACCAGAGAAAAAUAACUUUCAUCUGUUCAUCCUUCAUGUGCAGCUUCAAGUAGUCACUCAGCAGUAAGUUCUGGAUAUAACACACCUGAAUGUUUCACACCAUUGUGGAAAAGUGGGAUCUGAAGCUGUGGAAAUACCACAGAGGAUUUCUGCAAUAUUUGCAGUAGAUUUUUUUUUCUUGUUCUUUGGUGCAAAUAAAUGUAGCGUCAGGCUGUUGUUAUAAAUGGGCUGCAAUUUGUUUGAAUAUUUUCUUGUUAGCAAAACAACGUUGUUAGAGGGGAUAUGAAAUUAAACUGUCCAUGUCAUUGCAUUUUCUUGUCUGUGUGAUAAUGAAUGGCCUAUUGAGUAAUACACAUCUAUUUUUAUCAUUUCAAUUUCUGCUUAAUAAAGGCAUGUCAAAAGU